CCCGACCAGAAACCGACGUCAAGAUGGUUUCCGCAAAGAAGCACGUUCCGAUUGUGAAGAAGCGCGUCAAGCGUUUCCACAGACAUCAGAGUGACACAUACAAGUGCCUCGAUGCGAGCUGGAGAAAGCCAAAGGGUAUCGAUAACAGAGUCCGAAGACGAUUCAAGGGUCAAAUGGUUAUGCCAUCGAUUGGAUUUGGCUCGAACAGAAAGACUCGCCAUAUGAUGCCCUCCGGCCACAAGGCUUUCCUCGUCAACAACGUCCGCGAUGUCGACCUUCUCUUGAUGCACAACAAAACUUUCGCUGCUGAGAUUUCCCAUGCCGUUUCGUCAAGAAAGAGAAUCGAAAUCAUCACUCGCGCGAAGGAACUCGGUGUUAAGGUUACGAACCCCAAGGCCAGAAUCACGACUGAGGUUUAAGGUGAUGGUUUUUCAUUUGGGAACUUGCAUGGGGUACGGGAUUGCUAGAUCAUGAGCG